AGUGGUGAGCAAAGGAAUGAAGGGGAGAGAGAGAGAAACUAAACUGGAAGCUUGAGUUUUGUGUUGCCUCUUGAAACCUUAUGAAUGGAUUACCAGCAGCUGGGAGCCAGGAGAGACCUAUAGGGGAUGCGAGCUGACUUACACACUAGCAGGGGAGCAGCAGGCGGAAUCCUCCUUCCCUGCUGGGUUACCCUCCUUCCUGAGAUGAAUGGGACCCACAAGCCUCCCAGAAGGUGAAGUCGAGGGCUCCCAGACUCAUUUGGUUAAGAGAACAGCAGACUGGCAACCCCAAGGAGAACUUUACAGAGACUCACUACAUACCAACAAGUUGGAAGGGGAUAAAAAAGCUUCGACCGUCAACACUCCACAGCACCAAGCUGAGGGUAGUAUCCUAUCCUGAGCUGGCAGACUGGCAGCUGAAUGGGACCUGGCUGAGGACAUCUGAGAGGGAAAGUUAAGUACCAGCUUGGAUUUUUGUGCUUCCAGAUUCUUUCUGCAUUUUUAGAUGAUAGCCUUCAAAUUGUAUGUCUCUGUAGAAAGAUUGUUCUAGCAAUUCGCUUUCAAGUGAGCAUUAUUUUGGGUGAAGGAGUACAAAAAGAGAAGGUAACCCCUAGGGAGGGAAGAAGAGAAGGAAAUGAAAAUUGGACAAUGCUGUUGUUCUGAAUGACUUGGGGCAGCGUGGGUAAGUGUGUUCCUUGAGGAACUUUGGCAUAUGCUCUCCUCUUCUAGUAUCAGCGUGGGGAGGGAUUAUUGAAGAAGGAAGAACAAGAAAAAGGAAAGAAACCUGAGCUCUCUGAAAGGAAAGUCAAAGGAACCAAGAGCCAUUAGCUUCGUUCUGCAAGGACUAAACUAGAGCAGGAAGAGAGGUCGAGGAAGCAGCGUGAGGGAAGCACCUGCCGCGAAGCAGUGGAAGUGACCCUGGCUGGCAGAGCUGCCAGGACAGCAGGUCCUCAGGGGAGGCGCUCUGUUGGGGCAAGCUGACAAAGUUCGGUCUGUGAGUGGAAGAGUCUCCCCAGGGACUGUACGUUCGCUGUGGCCGUCUCUCCCUGCUCUCCCCGCCAUCCCAGCCUGGCACCCAGAAGUUGACUUCCGGCUCUGUGGGAGAGCCGAGGGAGGCACGAUGUGGUUAACGAUCCUGAGAGUAAGCCUGGUGGUCCUGGCCGGGUGGGCGUUCAGCACUGCCAGCUCUGAGCUGGGCGGGAGGCACAGGAAGGCCUUGGCUCAGAGGGGACACCUGAGUCAGGUGCGGUUGGAAGGGGAGCGCUGUUGGCUGGGGGCCAAGGCUCAGAGGCCCCGAGCUGUUCCCCAGCAUCACCUCUUUGGGGUGUACCCCAGCAGUCCUGGGGACUACCUGAGGCCCUACCCCGUGAGGGAGCAGGGAACCCAUCCCGCAGGACGCACUGAACCAGACUCCCUGAGAAAGACUGCUCCCCAAGACCUGGCUGAGCGUGCGGGGGGAGUGGGGAGGAAGCCGAGGGAGCCCCCAGCAGCCCCGUGGGUAGGGGACGGUCCUACUGGGCAGUCGGAGCUGCCGGGAGAUGAUGGCACUUAUCUUGGCAACCAAGGACCCAAGUGGUCUCUAGGCGAGGCUGCAGCUCGGGGACGCCGGGCAGCAGCCGCAGCCAUUCCCAACACCUCUCCACACCUGGAGGAACCCGAAGCGCAGAGCCAAGGAAAGCGCAGGGCCACGUCCAGGCAUCCUCGCCGCGUGGUGAAGAGGCAGGCAGAGGACGCGCCCGGAGACCCUGAUCUCCCUCCCCUGCAUUUCCAACCUUGGCCUAAGCGCCCCCUUAAGCACAGGGUCAGAAACAGUCCGCUGAAGGACAGCAUCCAAGAUGGUGGAGGAAGCCCAGACUGGGAAGCAGAGACCUUUAACCCCCGAGGAGGACUGCCCGUCUUGUACUUCUCGGGGAGGCGGGAGCGGCUGCUGCUGCGUCCAGAAGUGCUGGCUGAGAUUCCCCGGGAGGCGUUCACAGUGGAAGCCUGGGUGAGACCGGAGGGAGGACAGAACAACCCGGCCAUCAUCGCAGGUGUGUUUGAUAACUGCUCCCACACGGUCAAUGACAAGGGCUGGGCCCUGGGGAUCCGCUCGGGGAAGGAAAAGGGCAGGCGAGAUGCUCGCUUCUUCUUCUCCCUCCGCACUGAUCGUGUGAAGAAAGCCACCACUGUGACUGGGCACAGCCGCUAUCAACCAGGCACAUGGACGCACGUGGCAGCCACUUAUGAUGGACGGCGCAUGGCCCUGUAUGUGGACGGCACCCGGGUGGCUAGUAGCCUAGACCAGUCUGGACCCCUGAACAGCCCCUUCAUGGCGUCUUGCCGCUCCCUGCUCCUGGGGGGAGACAGCUCUGAGGAUGGGCACUAUUUCCGUGGACACCUGGGCACGCUGGUCUUUUGGGCGACUGCCCUGGCCCAGAGUCGCCUACAGCACAGUCUGCAGCAUCCUAGUGGGGUGGAGGAGCUGACCACCCUGAUCCUCACGGCCAGUUUUGAUCCUCUGAAGGAACAGUGGGUCCCCUUUAGAGAUGAGAAGUAUCCCCGGUUGGAGGUUCUCCAGGGCCACCAGCCAGAACCAGAGCUGGUGUCACCUUUGCAGCCCCCGCUCUGUGGGCAAACAGUGUGUGACAAUGUGGAACUGAUCUCCCAGUACAACGGACACUGGCCCCUCCGGGGAGAGAAGGUGAUCCGCUACCAGGUGGUGAACAUCCGUGACGACGAGGGCCGCCUCCCCAGCGUGAGCGAGGAGCAGAUCCGCAGGCAGCACGAGGCGCUGGCCGAGGCCUUCGGCCGCUACAACAUCAGCUGGCAGCUCAGCGUCCACCAGGUCCACAACUCCACCCUGCGCCACCGGGCCGUGCUUGUGAACUGCGAACCCAGCAAGAUUGGCAACGACCAUUGCGACCCCGAGUGUGAGCACCCGCUCACCGGCUACGACGGGGGCGACUGUCGCCUGCAGGGCCGCUGCUACUCGUGGAACCGCAGGGACGGGCGCUGUCACGUGGAGUGCAACAACAUGCUGAACGACUUUGAUGACGGGGACUGCUGUGACCCCGAGGUGACUGACGUGCGCAAGACCUGCUUUGACCCGGACUCACCCAACAGGGCAUACAUGAGUGUGAAGGAGCUGAAGGAGGCCCUGCAGCUCAACAGUACUCACUUCCUCAAUGUCUACUUUGCCAGCUCAGUGCGGGAAGACCUUGCAGGUGCUGCCACCUGGCCUUGGGACAAGGACGCUGUCAGUCACCUGGGUGGUGUCGUCCUCAACCCUGCCUACUAUGGCAUGCCUGGCCACACCAACAUCAUGAUCCACGAAGUGGGGCAUGUCCUGGGACUCUACCAUGUUUUCAAAGGGGUCAGUGAAAGAGAAUCCUGCGAUGACCCCUGCAGAGAGACGGUGCCGUCCAUGGAAACGGGAGACCUCUGUGCCGACACGGCCCCGACUCCCAAGAGCAAGCUCUGCCAGGACCCUGAACCUGCCAAUGACACCUGCGGCUUCAGCCACUUCCCGGGGGCUCCGUUCAGCAACUACAUGAGCUACACAGAUGAUGACUGCACGGACAGCUUCACCCCUAACCAAGUGGCCCGAAUGCACUGCUAUUUGGACCUUGUUUAUCAGCAAUGGAGUGAAAGCAGAAAGCCCACCCCCAUUCCCAUCCCGCCCAUGGUCAUUGGGCAGACCCAGAAGUCCCUCACUCUCCACUGGCUGCCUCCCAUUAGUGGAGUUGUGUAUGACAGGGCCCCGGGCAGCGUGUGUGGCGCCUGCACUGAAGAUGGGACCUUCCGUCAGUACGUGCACAGGGCUUCCUCCCGGCGAGUAUGCGAUUCCUCAGGUUACUGGACCCCAGAGGAGGCUGUGGGGCCUCCUGAUGUGGAUCAGCCUUGUGAACCCAGCUUGCAGGCCUGGAGUCCGGAGCUCCACCUGUACCAUAUGAACAUGACGGUGCCCUGCCCCACAGAAGGCUGUAGCCUGGAGUUACUCUUCCAACACCCGGUCCAAGCCGACACCCUCACCCUCUGGGUCACUUACCUCUCUAUGGACUCCUCCCAGGCACUCUUCGACACAGAGAUCUUGCUGGAACACCAGGAGUCUGUGCACCUGGGUCCCUUAGACACGUUCUGUGAUACCCCACUCACCAUCAAACUGCACGUGGCUGGGAAGGUCUCAGGGGUGAAAGUCUACACCUUCGACGAGCGGAUGGAGAUUGAUGCGGCCCUCCUGACCUCCCAGCCCCAUAGCCCCCUGUGCUCUGGCUGCAGGCCUGUGAGGUACCAGGUUCUCCGGGAGCCCCCCUUUGCCAGCGGCUUACCCAUGGUGGUGACACACCCUCGCAGGAAGUUCACAGACACGGAGGUUAUACCUGGGCAGAUGUAUCAGUACCAAGUUCAAGCUGAAGCUGGAUCAGAAGUGGGAGAAGCUUCGCCUCCUCUGUACCACAUCCACGGCGCUCCUUACUGUGGAGAUGGGAAGGUGGCAGGGAACCUGGGAGAGGAGUGUGACGAUGGAGACCUGCUGAAUGGAGAUGGCUGUUCAAGGGCAUGUCAGCUAGAGAAAGGCUUCAACUGUGUGGGGGAACCAAGCCUUUGCUACACGUAUGAGGGAGAUGGGAUUUGUGAGCCUUUUGAGAAGGAAACCGGCUUCAGAGACUGUGGCCUCCAUACUCCUGAAGGAUACUUGGACCAGUGGGCCACCCAGGCUUACUCCUCUCGUGAGGACAAGAAGAAGUGUCCUGUCUCCCUGGUGACAGGAGAGCCUCAUUCCAUGAUUUGCACGUCACACCUUCCAGAUUUCCCCAAGCAGCAUUCCCUUCCUGGCUGGGUUCCCUGUGUUACCAAUGGAAAACAACCUCAGGAUGAAGGGAGUGAGCAGCCAGAAGGCAUCUUGGAGAAGGAGGAUGAGGUUUGGCUUAAAGUGUGUUUCAAUAGACCAGGAGUUGCCUCAGCAAUUUUCAUUUUCUUGACGUCUGAUGGCCUGGCCCCUGGGGAGCAUCAGCGGCCAACAGUGACCCUCUACCUGACUGAUGUCAGUGGAAGCAACCACUUCCUUGGAACCUAUGAUCUGUCGUGCCAGCAUAACCCACUGGUUGUCAAUGUGAGCCACCACACAAAUGUCCUCUCCCACCGUACCACCUCCAUGCUGCUGAGCUUCUCAUCCCCACUGGUGGGCAUCUCCGCGGUGGCUCUAAGGACAUCCUCCCACAUCAGUCCUUCAGCUCCCGAUAACUGCAUGCCAGAGCAUGAGGGGCAGAAUCAGGGACAGAGCUGUGUCCGUCGGCCCUGUGGAGAGCAGGGCAGCUGUGCACCAUUGCUGCUUGAUCACGCGGAUGCGGUGAACUGUACCUCUAGCGGCCCAGGUCACAUGAAGUGCGCUAUCACCUGUCAAAGGGGGUUCGCCCUUCAGACCAGCAGCGGGCAGUACCUCAGGCCCAUUCGGAAGGAGAUUCUGCUCACGUGUUCCUCUGGGCACUGGAGCCAGGACGUGAGCUGCGCGCCCCUCGACUGCGGCGCCCCCGACUCGUCUUUGGUGAACUACGCCACCUUCUCCUGCCCGGAGGGCACGCAUUUCCUGAGACGCUGCUCCAUCUCUUGUGUCCCACCAGCCAAGCUCCAAGGACCCAGCCCGUGGCUGACCUGCCUUGAAGAUGGGCUCUGGUCUCUCCCUGAAGUCCACUGCAAGCUGGAGUGUCAGGCUCCCCCGGCUAUUCCCAAUGCCAACCUGCUGCUGCCGCACUGCCGCCAGGGCAGCCACGACGUGGGCAGCGUCUGCAGAUACGAGUGCAAACCCGGCUACUACGUGGAGGCGGCUGCGGACAGGAAGGCCCGGAACAAGUUCCUGAAGAUACAGUGCCUGGAAAGUGGCCUGUGGGAGCCAGCCAGCUGCAUCCCGGUGGUGUGUGAGCCUCCUGCUCCUGUGUUUGAAGGCAUGUACGAAUGCACUGAUGGCUUCAACCUGAACAGCCAGUGUGUGCUCAACUGUAACCAGAAAAGUGAAAGGCUUCCCAUCCUCUGCACCAAAGAGGGGCUGUGGACCCAGGAGUUCAAGCUGUGUGAGAACCUGCAAGGGGAGUGCCCGCCGCCCCCCUGGGAGCUGCAUUUCGUGGAGUACAAGUGUGAACAGGGAUACGGGAUUGGUGCAGUGUGCUCCCCGUCGUGCAUAAUCCCCCCCAGUGAUCCUGUGAUGCUGCCAGAGAACGUCACUGCGGACACUCUGGAGCACUGGAUGCAGCCUGUCAGAGUCCAGAGCAUCGUGUGUACUGGCCGGCGUCAAUGGCACCCAGACCCCUUGCUGAUCCACUGCAUCCAGUCCUGUGAGCCUUUUCAAGCAGAUGGUUGGUGCGAUACGAUCAACAACCGGGCCUACUGCCAUUAUGACGGAGGAGACUGCUGCUCUUCUACGCUCUCCUCCAAGAAGGUCAUUCCAUUUGCUGCUGACUGUGACCAGGAUGAAUGCACCUGCCGAGACCCCAAGGCAGAAGAAAAUCAGUGACUGUGGGACCUGGGACUGAGCCCACCCCUCCUCUGCCCUGGAGGCAGGCAGAGCCAGCGGCCUCCACAGGAGGAAACACAGGGCAGGUGAAGGAGAAAGGUCAUGAAGUGGAGGAAGGAGAGAGUGUGAGCUUUGUUAAGAAACAAGAGGAUAUUUGUAGGUGUCCACUGAAGCAUCAAGUAGUCCACGUAGGGAGAAUUAGAGCAGAAAGUUUCUUUACAGUGGCUGUUGAUGAAAACAGGAAGGAGAAAUCAGAUAGAAUAACAAGGACCCUCCUCCCUGUCUAUAUUCCACUCCACCCACAUCACCUCCUGCCCGACUGACUCCCCACUCCGCACCCCGUGACUACUCAGCCCCACCAAAUGUGUAACCCAUUAGCAGAAUGCUAGAAGGAAAAUCACCAGGGACACUCUGUCAAUAACUCAUUUCAAAUGGAUUGUCACUUUUCAGGGCUUGUCUGCUCUAAACUGACCCUUUCCCUUCCUUUUGUGUAGUCUCUCUUAAAUGAUGAGGUUAGUUAAUAAUUCUUUAUAAGUAUUUAAACAUAAUUAUAUAAAUAUAUUAUAUAUUAUAUUUUUUGCUGUUUACUAAGCUGAAAAUUAUCCAUUGUUCCACACAUGCUGCUGUGAAGUUCAUGUCCAAAAUGAAUGCUGAGGCUUUGAGGACAGAAACACAAGUUCUUCUGCCGUCUGUCUAUGUGGAGGGAUUGGCAGGUUAAAUGGGAAGUGGAGGAGAGAGUUCAGAUAGAAUUCUGGAUGGUAGCAUGCCAGCUAAUCAUCUUUUUAUACCCUGGGAUCUGGGCCCACUUACCGGGGAUAGGAGUUGCAAUGAUCGCACUAAGCAACAUGGAAAGUUGGGUGUGAGACCCACUGCUGGAGAACAAGGCAGUGGUUCUUAAGUAGCCAUCAAAAAAGAAUGUAUUAUUUCUUCUCCAUUUCUCAGAACUCUCCAUUGGAUUUUCUCCACUUUCAUAUGUGCCUAUUCCAAUGUGGCUGUCGACCAGCCGGUCAGCAAGUUUGUGUUAGGGCUCAUCCCUGAGCACCAGGAUCACAGAAACUCACACACUCUUUGUACUUGGCCUGUGGUCUCAUCUUUGUUAGAAUUCCCCAAGCCUGUUCAUCAUUCAUAGCCACAUCACCAACUGUUGAUUUUCCAGGGGAAAAUGUCUUGAAAAUCACCCAGGAGAAAGAACAGGAAGAGAUGGAAGACCAGGCAGGGAUGGAGGAGCCAGAGGAGGCCACAGAGAGGUUAGGGGUCAGGCUGAAUCAGGGCAGAGAGUGACAGGAUGGAAGGAGUUGAGAAAAUCUGGUCCUUGUUCCAAGCCCCCAAAGAAGACCACAGUGGAGCCUUUGAGCAACCAGCGUCUGAGAUGAAUUCUAUUCAAGUGGGUGCAUAAAACCUGUGACCCAGAGAUUUCCACUGGGCAAGUGAAGGAAACAACAUGGAGCAAGGCUGACACUCUGUGGGAGAAUGAAGAAUUUCAACUAUUUAGGGUCCAUUUUGUGGUCUUUCUCCUUUCCUGGUCAAUAGAUGGACCAUGAGGUGACCACAUCAGUUCCACCUCUGUUUGCAUCCUGGGUUCUUUUGUUUGUUUGUCUGUCUGUUUUUGCACAUGGCCUGUUGUAGUUACACUUUUUUUUGUGAUAGUUUUGGGGUUAACCUUGGGGAAAGAGAGCAAGGAGCCAAUUUCUGUUCGACACCCAGUCUUAUCAUCUUAGAAAGGGCCUUGAGCCAUUUCCCUCUGAGUUUCUUCUCCAAGGAAAACCGGAGCAGGCCAAUCUCAGAGCUCAACCAUGGUCUCUGCACCAUUGCUUUCUGCUCUGAUUAAGUCUUCUACUCUUCCCAUCAACACUGAAGCAAUGGCUUUGCAAAAAAGAAAGGGAAAACGUUAUCCACCACUAUCAAAAUAUUACUCAUGCUCAGCGCAAGGAAGAAUAAUAUUCAUGAAUGAAAAAAAUGAGGAUAGAGCAAUCUUCACAUAUCUGUGUGCAUUGUUUAGAAGGAAGGCAGCAUAGUCAUUGGGAAGGGGAGGAGCAGAGUUUGCCCAUUCGCAAAUUCUUGUCCCCGGUAUUCUAGUCGUUAGGGAAACUGCAGCCUAAAUCCCACUCCCUGUCUGGGUCACCACUGUGCCCCUAGGAAAACAAGAAAUUGUUCUUUCUGGGACCCUGAUCGGCUUUAAUAUGGAGGACAGUGGAAAAGUUUAGAUUCUCUAUUUAAGCACACACUUAGUAAAAUUGCUUUCUUGGGGAAAAUAUUCAAAUUUCUGGACACAUGUCAAGCUCUGUCCUGGGCAAUCCUUCCUGCUGCGAAGGCAGACCCCUCAUUAUCUGGGGUGUCAUCCAGCCCAGGGAGACCACGACCCCUCACAAGAAACACGGAGCCCGUGAAUCAGGCCAAUGGGCGCUGUGAUUUGUCUCUCCGGAAGAGGAAUGGUGAAGAGGUUUCUGUCCCACACUUCAUUCUAAAGUACUUUGCUCUCUGUUGGUGACAUCUGCGAUUCACUCACCCCUGCUCUGGGGAAGGGAGAGGAUAAUUCCCGCAGUGUGAAAGGCCGCUGACCCUGAAGGCCACCUAGCUAUGUCAGCGGUGGACAUUCAGAGGUGGCAGGUUCUCCCAGUCCUUCUCACUGGCCCUAGUGUUAUGAGCACCUUAGGCCACUGAGAAUCAAAGGAUUAGGAUAUCAUGGCCACAGAUCCCAGGGCCGCUCACACUUGCUCCAUGUGUUGGUCUUCCUGCUGCUCUUACACACCCAUGGAGUCAUUAAGGGUCUUUCCCAGGGACUCUUCUGCCUAUUUCUUCUUUUUCCUUGUAGCAAGGGGCUCUGGUGCCCAUGUUGCCCAGGGCUGGCUGACUCCAAUGACUAGCAUGGCAGCCUUCAAUCUGAGAGAUACAGAGAAGAGGUCAGAGUGGGGAGAAUGCAUAGCUCCCAACAAAAAAGGACAUCAAGAGCCCUUCUUGAUGUCCCUCCCAUCCCUCCACUGCACAGCAUUGGACUUGACACUUCUAUUCUGUGCGAUCACUAUUGAGUGUGUCAGUCAGCACCCAAGGGGUCAGUUUGAUUGAAAACAUAGUGAAAGGAGAUGAUCUACUGUAUUGUAACGUAAAACAGCUACAACCAGUUAUUUUGUAAGAUUAUAAGAUGUUC